ACAUCAUUCAAUUUAUUUCAUGCUUCAUGCCCUCCUUUUAUGCUUCCUUUCGCUAUUUCCCAUGCACCAUGUUCAUCUAACGAAAGCACAGAAAACACAGCUUGCACUAUAGUUUUGUCUAUCUUCCUUCUUCACUACGAGUUCCAAUGGAGAUCUUCCAGUGGCCACACUUGAAUCUCCUCUUUUCUUCCAUGUUAAUCGUUGUGGUGUUAGCUGCUGAUCCAUAUUCAGAUGCUCUAUUGAGCUUUAAAUCCGAGAUUAUUGAUCCUUUUCACAAUCUGGAUGAUUGGUUAGAGCCCAAUAGUGGAAAGCCUUCAGGGAAAGUUCAUGCAUGUUCUUGGUCUGGUGUUAAAUGCGACAACAACUCCACAAUUGUUAUUGGUUUAAACCUUUCUACGAAGAAACUCGCAGGUAAGUUACCUGGGAAGCAAUUCAGUGUGUUCACUGAGCUUGUUGAGCUCAACAUCAGUCAAAACUCAUUCUCUGGAGAAAUUCCCGUUGAAAUCUUCAACCUCACCAACUUAAGAAGCUUAGAUAUAAGCAGAAACAAUUUUUCUGGCCAUUUCCAAGGAGGGGUCACCGGUCUUCAAAACCUGGUUGUUCUUGAUGCUUUCAGUAAUAGUUUCUCAGGUCCAUUGCCUGUUGAGCUUUCCAAGCUUGAAUUUCUUAAGGUUCUCAACUUAGCUGGGAGUUACUUCAGUGGACCAAUCCCAUCAGCAUAUGGGUUUUUCAAGAGACUUGAAUUUCUUCACUUAGCUGGGAAUUUUAUCACUGGAAACAUUCCACCUGAAUUGGGUAAUCUCCAAACAGUGACACAUAUGGAGAUAGGGUACAAUUCUUACGAAGGGAACAUCCCAUGGCAGUUGGGCAACAUGAGUGAGCUUCAGUAUCUUGAUAUUGCUGGUUCAAAUCUCUCGGGAUCAAUCCCCAAGCAGCUCUCUAAUCUCACCAAGCUUCAGUCACUGUUUCUCUUCAGAAACCAGCUCACUGGAUUGAUUCCAUGGGAGUUCAGCAGAAUCUUGGCUCUCACCAAUUUGGAUCUCUCUGAUAACUUCAUUUCUGGGCCUAUUCCUGAGAGCUUUGCUGAAUUGAAGAAUCUAAGACUGCUCAGUCUUAUGUACAAUGAAAUGAAUGGCACUGUCCCAGAUGGCAUAGCUGAACUUCCAUCACUAGAUACUUUGUUUAUAUGGAACAAUUUCUUCACUGGCUCACUUCCAAGAAACUUGGGCAAGAACUCAAAACUUAGAUGGUUGGAUGUUUCAAUCAACAGUUUCAUUGGCAGCAUUCCUCCCCAUAUUUGUGCAGGCGGUGAGCUAUUUAAAUUAAUCAUGUUUUCCAACAAGUUUACAGGCAAUCUUUCACCUCUAUCCAAUUGUUCUUCGAUGGUUCGAAUUCGACUCGAGGACAAUUCAUUCUCAGGUGAAAUUCCUUUAACACUUAGCCAUCUUCCUGAUGUUUCAUACAUAGACCUUUCCAGGAACAAGUUUACUGGUGGAAUUCCCUCUGAUAUUUCUCAAGCUUCAAAGCUUCAGUAUUUCAAUGUCUCUAACAAUCCAGAACUAGGGGGACUGAUCCCUGAAGAAACAUGGUCUUUGCCACUCCUUCAAAAUUUCUCUGCAUCAUCUUGUAACAUCUCAGGGAAUCUACCUCCUUUCAAAUCAUGCAGGUCCAUGCUUGCUCUUGAACUGCAGAAAAACAAUAUGUCUGGAGUUGUCCCAAAGAGUGUUUCCCAUUGCCGGGCACUUGAGAUCAUUAAUUUAGCUAGCAACCAGUUAAAUGGUCAUAUACCUGAUGAGCUUGCUAGUCUUCCUGCUCUAAGUGUUGUGGAUUUGUCGCAUAAUAAUUUCAGCGGUUCAAUCCCUGCAGAGUUUGGGAAAUCUACAAACUUAUUACUUCUAAAUGUGUCAUACAAUGAUAUUUCUGGUGCCAUUCCCUCUGAAAAAGUGCUGCAAUCAAUGGGAAGAAGUGCAUAUGUUGGAAACCGGGAGCUGUGUGGAGCACCUCUUAGAUCAUGUUCAGCUUCAAUGUCGAUCUUUGGAAGCAAAGGCACUGGGAAACUCAGGUUAGUUCUUUUGCUCUCUGCAGGAGUAACCAUACUCAUUGCAGCCUUGUUAUUCUGGCUAGUUUAUCUCCGCAAAGGAAACAAAGGCCAAUGGAAAAUGGAAUCUUUUAUUGGACUCCCACAGUUUACAGCAAAUGAUGUUUUGAGGAGUUUCAGUUCGGCCGAUUCCAUGGAAGAACUGCCACCGCUAUCUGCUGCAGUUUGCAAAGCAGUGCUACCUACUGGAAUAACAGUUCUGGUGAAAAAGAUAGAAUGGGAGCCAAAAAGAAUGAAGGUUGCCAUAGAAUUCAUAACACAAAUGGGAAAUGCAAGGCAUAGGAAUUUGAUCAGAUUACUUGGUUUCUGCUACAACAACCAUAUGGCUUAUAUGUUGUAUGAUUACUUGCCUAAUGGAAAUUUGGCUGAUAAGGUAACAAUGCCUAGAGAUUGGUCAACCAAGUGCAGAAUUAUAACUGGGAUUGCAAGAGGACUUUGCUUCCUUCACCAUGACUGCAAUCCUGCAAUUUCUCAUGGAGAUUUGAACUCAAGUACCAUAGUCUUUGACGAUAAUUUCGAACCCCGUUUAGCUGAUUUCGGGUUCAAGUAUCUGAUAGAGUUUAUCAAAGGUCGGUCCAGUGAAGCUAUCAAAGAUGAACUAUACAUGGACAUUUACAGGUUUGGGGAGAUAAUUCUGGAAAUUCUAACUAAUGGUAGGCUGACAAAUGGUGGAGAAAUCGUUCAAAGCAAACCGCAGGACGUUGUUUUGAGAGAAAUGUAUAGUGAAAAUGAAGCAACUGAUGAUUCCGCCAACUCAUUGCAAGAUGAAAUAAAACAGGUUGUUGAUGUUGCUUUGCUUUGCACCAGAAGCAGGCCAGCUGAUAGGCCAUCCAUGAAAGAUGCAUUGAAGUUUCUUUCAGGUUGAAAGGACAAGGUAAACAAUAGUAAAUACUUUUGAAGGAGAGUUUCAGCUUUCAAUAUUUGCUUCACAUUUCAAUGGAAGGAGGUGGACCUCAAAAGAAACAUAUUAUUAUAUAAAUAUAGUAAAAUGGUUUUCCUUUUUUGCCAAUUAUGUAGAAAUACGUAUUUUUGUAUUUUGGUUUUGGUUGAUCAGCUUGUUUAUAUCAACGAAUAUCUAUAGUUAUUUCCUGAACAAUUGUUUUAUAUUACUAACUAAUUUCUCUUUAUUUUUA